AUGGCGCCGCAGACGUGGCGUCGAAGGACUCUGAAGCGAUGUCUGACAGUAGUCAGUAAAGCGGCGGAACGGCCAGAGUGCUUCCUCACGAUUCAAGAUGCAUUGGCAUCAAACUUUAUCUCUUUAACAAAAAUACUUUAUGACUUUCAUAAAAUACUAGAGGAUGGUAGUAUGCGUGGAAGUCCUUUGAAACAACUGGUUAUUAACAAUUUUGAUGAUGAGCAAAUUUGGCAACAACUGGAACUGCAAAAUGAACCAAUUUUACGGUACUUCCAGAAUGCACUUAGCAAAACAAUUAAAGAUGAGGAUAUCAGUCUUCUCCCAGAGAUGGAAGAGCAGGAGUGUGAAGAAGAUGGCUCAGAGAUGGAGACUAAUGGGCAGGAGGACCUAGAACAAGACUUGAGGGAGGGAGAAGUGUCAGAUCUGAGUGUUGAUGAUCUUGAAGGACAAGAAAGCAUGAAACACCUGAACAAAUUUGAUCUGAGGAAAAGCCCAGAUUUUAGUGACGAGGAUUCAGACCGUGACUUUGAUAUCAACAAAUUGGAGCAGCAGAACAAGGUACAAAACAAAGUGCCUAGAAAACCAAGAGAGAAGUCAAUAGUAGAUGAUAAAUUCUUCAAACUAUCUGAAAUGGAGACCUUUUUAGAAAACAUAGAAAAAGAAGGAAAACAAGAAGAUGAUGAGGAGGAAGAUAUUGAUUUUUUUGAAGAUGUUGAUUCUGAUGAAGAUGAAGGAGGAGUAUUUGGAAGUCAAAAACUUAAGUUAGGCAAAAGUUCUAGAAACCUGAAAUACAAAGAUUUCUUUGAUCCUGUUGAAAGUGAUGAAGACAUGGCAAAUAAUCAUGAUGAGCUUGGUUCAAACGAAGAAGAAAUUACUGAAGAAGAAGAAGAAAGCAUUUUUGAAAUGGAUGAAUAUAAUGAACUUGAAGAAGGUGAAGACAGUCAACAUCGUAAAGAAGGUUUGAAAAAAGUAACCUUUGCUUUGCCAGAUGAUAAAGAAACUGAAGACACAAAGCUAAAUGUAAAGCAAAAUUCUGAUGAAGUUAAAUCAUCUUUUGAAAAAAGACAGGAAAAGAUAAAUGAAAAGAUAGCAUCUUUAGAAAAAGAAUUGUUGGAAAAAAAACCGUGGCAACUUCAGGGGGAAGUGACUGCUCAAAAGAGACCAGAAAACAGCCUCCUGGAGGAGACCCUGCACUUUGACCAUGCAGUCCGGAUGGCACCUGUGAUCACAGAAGAAACCACCCUUCAACUAGAAGAUAUUAUUAAGCAGAGGAUAAGAGAUCAGGCUUGGGAUGAUGUAGUACGUAAAGAAAAACCCAAGGAAGAUGCAUAUGAAUAUAAAAAGCGUUUAACACUGGACCACGAGAAGAGUAAAUUGAGCCUAGCUGAAAUUUAUGAACAGGAAUACAUCAAACUUAAUCGGGAAAAAACAACAGAAGAAGAAAAUCCAGAGCAUGUAGAAAUUCAGAAGAUGAUGGAUUCUCUCUUCUUAAAAUUGGAUGCCCUUUCAAACUUUCAUUUUAUACCUAAACCCCCUGCACCUGAGAUUAAAGUUGUGUCCAAUCUGCCAGCAGUAACCAUGGAGGAGGUAGCCCCAGUGAGUGUGAGUGAUGCGGCUCUUUUGGCCCCAGAGGAAAUCAAGGAAAAAAACAAAGCUGGAGAUAUAAAAACAGCUGCUGAGAAAACAGGUACAGAUAAGAAACGAGAACGAAGAAAAAAGAAACAUCAAAAGCGUAUGAAAAUAAAGGAGAAGGAGAAGCGGAAAAAACUUCUAGAAAAGAACCAUCCAGACCAGGCAGGGAAAUACACCAAAGCAGUGGCCUCAAAGAAAUUAAAACAGCUGACAAAGGCAGGCAAAGCAUCAUUACUGAAGGAUGAAGGAAAAGACAAGGCCUUGAAGUCAUCUCAAGCAUUCUUUUCUAAAUUACAAGAUCAAGUAAAGAUGCAAAUCAGUAACACAAAGAAAACAGAAAAAAAAAAGAAGAAAACACAAGAUAUUUCUAUUCUUAAAUUAAAGUUAUGAUAUAUUUUGAAUAUAAUGUAAAUAUUAAUGGGUAAGCUUACAGCCUUUCAUUGUUCUGUUUUAUAAUAAAGUUUUAGAGAACUUU